CUUGGUGCAGUCGAUGGGCAAGAUGGCGCUGCGGACGUUCGCUUUAUGCUGUCGUUCGUUACUGCGUGACAACCCUCGUAGAGCAAUAUUGUCUGCUUCGUCACAAGCGGGCUGUGUUGGGUCGCGUUCUGGAGCUCGAAGGUAUCUCCUCUCAGAUGACAUUAUCGGUCUACAAGAAUUCCAGCGCAAGAAGCUGGAAAUGGCUCAUUUCAUCACUACGCCAAAUGGAAAUUUCCUCGAGCUGAUGGCCCGCAAGCUGCGGAGGAACGAUCUGAUUUUGAAAAGUGAGCUGAAGCAGCUGCUCCACCUGUGCCAGUCUGCGGAGGACAUGGCGAUAGCGCGGGACGCCAUCUACAGGUACCAUGCAGAGAACCGCGAUCAGGCGCACAGAGAUUUCCGGUUCGGUCCUCUCUUCUUGAGACUGUGCUACGAGCUGGGUCUGAACAAGAUGGCCACUGAUGUACUUACAGACAAGGAAAUGAGAGGGUUUUUCAUCGACACCACCUCCUUCAACAUCGUCGUGGACAUGUUGUUCAGGAAGGGCUACCUUGAAGACGCCCUGGAGGUGUUGAGGUCCAUGAAGAGCCAAGGUGUCGCCUUCAACUAUGGCACGCAGAUCCUGGCGUCCGGCGUCUGCUACAAGCUGAACACGGCAGAGUCGUACACCAUAUGCACGUCGCUCAUGGAGGAGGCUCAGGCCAAAGGGCUGUUCAUCCCUCGACAUGCUUACUGCUUUGCCGUGGCCUUGGCACUCAAACAGAACGACAUAGAAAAGGCGUGGUUGUGGUUUUCGCAAAUAAUGGCUACUGAGAGCUGGUUGUGCCAAAACCUAAAGGUUUUACUGCUGGCUAUGUCAGGAGCCACUGAGGAUGCCAUCACGCUCCUCUCUGCAGCCACACAGUCUACAAGUUCCUCUUUUAUCAGGAGGCCUGAGUUUUUGCAAGAGGUGCUGGAUUAUUUGCAUUCGCAAACGGAGGGCGGGGAACAAACGGCGAAAGCGGAACAGGUCGCCUCUCAGCUGAAGCGAGCCGGCCAGGUGACCCGGCGGACCCUCGACGACAUGCUGUGCGAAACGCCCCCCGCCAGGAGGAACAUGUCGGCCAUUAUGGUGGAGAGUCGGUCCAGUAGAAGGACGAUGAAGCCGCUCACCUCCGUUCUGCUGUCAGAGUGACCUGCUCGGCCUGAUCCGAGGUAACGUUGCCGUUGGACUCUGUCUGUGUUUGAUCAAAGCUGCUAUAUUUGUAUCAAUAGUAAACAGGAUAUGAAUGACGGGUUUAAUAAAAGAAAAUAUAUUUAUCCAUAA